UUGAGGCACUGACUGAUGGUACAGUGGAAGCGAGACUGCGACGCACUAGGGAUACCAAUUCCCCAAAUCUUCGAUUGAUCGCUAAGCUUCUCAAUAAACAAAAGCUUGCUGCCGCAUACCGUGCCCCUUUUGUUGGUGGUGCGCCUCUCACUUUCAUUAGGCACCUUGACCAACUCGACCGGGAUCAGGGAAACCGCAACCGACCACGUUAUGCCAAAGCCAUCUCAGUAGUCCAAAGCUCUGGGGUUGGGAAAUCGCGUAUGCUGACGGAGGUAGGUAGACGAAUCUUUACCCUCCCUAUAUGUCUUCGUAGACCGGAUAAUCCUGGUUACCCGUUAUCGGACGAGCCCGUGUCCACCUAUCUCAAGACCAAGUGCGGCAACAAUAGCCUUAUCAUCAGCACACUUUCGGGUAUCGCUGAUUUCCUUGCAGCUGUGCAUGAGACUAUGGUAGAGUCUCUCGUUGAUAUUGUUGUUGAGCUUGGUCAAGAGAAUUACACAAGGGCAGAGGUUCUUGGUCGUUGGCACCAGAAAAUGGAGGGGGAAGGCCAACGAGAUUUUCGGGUGGAGUUCUAUAAAAGGGUGAUGGAACGCGUCCAGCUACAUUCAAGUGAUGAUGCAAAACCAGGCAAAAGUCCCAAGCUCGAUGGGGCAACAAAGGAAGAAAUAGAAAAGGCCGUCGGGCUCGUACGUAUUACUUUGUUGUUCGUUGGCUUCAACUUCAACCCAGCACUCGGGCGAAAUGUGAGGCCCUGCGCCCGGGAGGCGGCUUAUUGCUUAUAUGCCAGCACGUCUGGUGUCCCGGCGACCCCUCUAGCAACUUGAUACUUGACACCAA